AUGGGCGGCGGUAAUCGUUUACCAUCAGGUAACAAUACUGAAAAUAAUUUCCAUUGUGAGCCUAAUCAAAUUUAUGUCAAUAAUAAUAUUACAUGUAUUUGUAAUAAUUAUGGAUACUGGCCACAUAAACAAUGCCAGGAAACUUUUCAAACACUAUUAAGUAAAAACAAUAAUAAAACCAAAUGCCAACCAAAUUCGUAUGUAAUUAUACAAUGUAACGUAUGUCGUUGCAACUCUGAAGGUGCUAUCGACAGAAAACAUUGUACUAAAAAUAUUUGCAACGAUGAAGUUCAACAAUACAACACUAGAAAGUCAAAUAGCCUUAGUUAUGUACAUGGCACAUGUAAGAAACAAAACUGGUACGCUUUAGCACCUUGUCAAUUCUGUUAUUGUGUCAAUGAUAAUAAACUAUUAUGUAACACAGGACAUUAUACUAAAAAAUUGGCUUUAGGAAGUUAUAAUCUAACACUAUGUGGUAAAGACCUAAUUAAAGAAGCAAUACAAUUGACGCCUGGCAAUCAAAAUUCUUUACAACAAAACGAAGUUAAAAACGUAAUGGAAAGGUCCAAGAAACUAGAUUCUACUACACCUUCUACCAUGAGAUAUACAUCCAAAGAACAAGGUCAUGUUGUAAUUGAAGUAAAUAGGGAAGGGAAUGAAAAUAUAGUUGAGGAUAAUAUAAAAGGAAAUGACAAUGAGGACCUUUAUUCAGAUAGUGACGAAGAAUACGAAAAUGUUGAUGUAAAUAAUGUUAUCGCUCGAGAAGGUAUAUUCACACAAAUGCCUUAUCAAGAUGAGGAACCAGAUAAUAGCAUGGAGAUAAAUUAUGUUGACAGUACUGGAGAUGUAAGUGAUCAAGUUGCAGACUCGGAUAAUGAAAUAGUUAUUGAAUCUAUAGUAAAACCGUCACCACAGCAUCCAAAAAACAAUGUUGUUGAAAUUUCAACUGCUAUGAAUAGUAUUUUGAGUUAUCUUAAAAAAACAGAUGAUGCUAAAUUGAAGACAGUGAUUGAUAAUAAAAACCUUUUAAAGUUUAGUAUUCCGAAAGUUCUGGAAAAGGUUUUCAAAAUGGCGUUGAGGAGGUCAAUGCUCACAUUGAAAAAUGACACCAAAUGCGUACCCGGCGCUGUGGAAGCAGUUAAAUGUAACACGUGUUUCUGUUUGAAAAAUGCUAAAAUGCUUUGUACAAAAAAAGUUUGUAAAUAA